AAGGGGAGGGGAGGGAAGGAUGGGCAAUGGGGUAGGAAGAAAGAAUCUUUAAUAUAGGUUAAUGGUGUACAGUUUGUGUGCUUGUAUUGAUUUGAAUUACUAUGUAUUCUUUUACAUGUUAACAAUGAAUCCUCCAUGCACAUUAAUGUCAGUCACAGAGUUCUAGAAGGUGCUUAAAUGAUAAAUGCAUAAAUGCUUACUUUAGGCAACAUUAUUAGGAAUCACUCCAUAUAACUUUAAUUGUUUUGCAGAUGAUGCCCAAUUAUACAUUAUCUAUUGAUCAAGCCAGGUGAAAUUAAUCAAUUCGCUAAAUUAAAAGCAUGCCUUAAGGACAUAACAAACUGGAUGACCCGGGCUGUGGGCUCAGAGGUAGAGCGGGUCGCCCACUAAUGGGAAGGUUGUUGGUGAUAUCUUUGAUAACUGGAAGCCUUUUUGGGGAAAACCUAGUCUGAUUAGGAGAGACGGCAUCCAUCCCACUUUGGAUGGAGCGGCUCUCUUAUCUAGAAAUAUGGCGAAGUUUAUUUCUAAAACCUGACAGUCCAGAGUUGGGACCAGGAAGCAGAGCUGCUGUCUUACACACUUCUCUGCGCUUUCUUUAGAACAGUCACCCACCCAAAACCCCAUAGAGACUGUGUCUGUCCCCCGACCACCUAAAUUAUUUAAAGAAAUAAAAACUAAAAAUUAAAAAUUAAAACCAACUCCUCAGUAGCACAAAUGUGGGCUGUUAAAUAUCAGGUCUCUGUCCUCUAAAGCUGUUUUAGUGAAUGAAUUAAUAUCAGAUUAUGAUAUUGAUUUAUUUUGUCUUACUGAGACCUGGUUGUCCCACGAGGAGUAUGUUAGCCUAAAUCAAUCCACCCCCCAGUCAUAUUAAUACUCACAUUCCUUGAGGCACAGGCCGAGGAGGUGGAGUAGCAGCCAUAUAUGAUUUGAGCGUUUUAAUGGACCCUAAACCUAAACUAAAUCAUAAUUCAUUUGAAAGCCUUGUUCUUAGUCUUUCUCACCCAUCCUGGAAAACACUGCAGCCAGUUCUAUUUGUUAUAGUGUACCACGCUCCUGGACCGUACUCUUAUUUUAUAUCUGAAUUCUCAGAGUUUUUAUCAAGCUUAGUCCUUAAACCAGAUAAAGUAAUUAUUGUAGGUGAUUUUACUAUUCAUGUGGAUGUUAACAAUGACAGCCUUAGUAACGCAUUUAUCUCAUUAAUAGAGUGUAAAUAAACCAACUCAUUGUUUUAAUCACACACUUGACCUUGUUUUAUCAUAUGGCAUUGAUAUUGAACAUUUAAUAGUCUUCCCACAUAAUCCUUUCCUAUCUGACCAUUAUUUAAUAACUUUUGAAUUCAUACUAUUAGAUUAUUAGCCAUUAGGCAAAACUUCCUACAGCAGAUGUCUAUCUGACAGUGCUGUAGCUAAAUUUAAGGAGGAGAUUCCUUCAGUGUUUAAUUCAAUGCCAUGUCUGAAUUUAACAGAGUCCUAUAACAACUUUAGUCCCUCUGAAAUUGAUAAUCUUGUUGAUGGUGCUGCAGGCUCAUUACGGUCAACAUUAGACUCUAUCGCUCCUAUAAAAAGGAAAUUAUUAAAACAUAGGAGAUUAGCAGCGUGGUACAACCACCAAACCCCCCAGUUAAAGCAAAUAGCUAGGAAAUCUGAAAAGAAAUGGCGCUCUUCCAAAUUAUCAGAAUAUCGCUCAAUUUGGCAAGAUAAUCUUAAAAUUUAUAGAAAGGCCCUCCGUAAUACCAGAGGAGCCUAUUACUCAGCUCUAAUAGAAGAAAAUAAGAAUAACCCUAGGUUCCUCUUCAGCACUGUAGCCAGGCUGACAGAGAGUCACAGCUCUAUUGAGCCACAUAUCCCCAUAAACUUAAGUAGCAAUGACUUCAUGAGCUUCUUCCACAAUAAAAUUAUUACUAUUAGAGAGAAAAUUAAUCACCAACUGCCAUCAACAGUUAUCAGUGGCUCUCCAAGUUCAGGGACUUUUGCUAAUGUAAACUUAGAUAUAUAUUUAGACUGUUUUUCUGCUAUCGAUCUUCAUCAGUUAACUUCAAUAAUUUCUUCAUCGAAGCCAUCAACCUGUCUGUUAGACCCAAUCCCAACUAGGCUGCUUAAAGAAGUUGUUCCUUUAAUUGGCACUUCUUUACUGGAUAUGAUUAGGCUUUCUUUAUUAUCAGGAUAUGUACCACAGUCCUUUAAAGUAGCUGUAAUUAAACCCCUUCUUAAAAAGCCCACUCUUGACCCAGGGGUUUUAGCCAACUAUAGACCAAUCUCUAACCUCCCCUUCCUCUCUAAGAUUCUGGAGAAAGUAGUCGCCAAAGAGUUGUGUGACUUUCUACAUAAUAGUUUAUUUGAGGAUUUCAGUCAGGAUUUAGAGUUCAUCAUAGCACAGAGACAGCUGUGGUUAAAGUUAAUAAUGACCUUCUGAUUGCUUCUGACAAUGGACUUGUCUCUGUACUUGUAUUAUUAGAUCUUAGUGCUGCAUUUGACACCAUUGACCAUGAUAUUCUUUUACAGAGACUUGAGCAUCAAAUUGGCAUUAAAGGAACCGCACUAAGCUGGUUUAAGUCAUAUUUAUCAGAUCGUUCACAGUUUGUACAUGUUAACAAUGAAUCUUCAAAAAAUACUACAGUUAGUCAUGGAGUUCCACAAGGUUCUGUACUUGGACCAAUACUAUUUACUCUAUAUAUGCUCCCUUUAGGCAACAUUAUUAGGAAUCACUACAUUAACUUUCCCUGUUAUGCAGAUGAUAUGCAGUUAUAUCUAUCGAUCAAGCCCGAUGAAAUUAAUCAAUUAUCUAAAUUACAAACAUGUCUUAAGGACAUAAAAUCCUGGAUGAGCUGCAAUUUUCUGAUGUUAAACUCAGAAAAAAUGAAAUUCUUGUUCUUGGCCCCAAAAACCUUAGAGACUCACUGUCUAAAGAUAUAGUUACUCUAGAUGGCAUGACCUUGGCCUCUAGCACCACUGUCAGGAAUCUUGGAGUUAUCUUUGAUCAGAAUUUGUCUUUUAACUCCCACAUGAAGCAGACCUCUAGGACUGCCUUCUUUCAUUUACGUAAUAUUACAGAAAUUAGACACAUACUAUCACAGACAGAUGCAGAAAAACUAUUCCAUGCAUUUGUUACUUCAAGGCUGGAUUACUGCAACUCUUUAUUAUCAGGUUGCCCCAAUAAGUCCAUUAAAACGCUCCAAUUAAUUCAGAACGCUGCAGCACGAGUACUGACAGGAACUAGAAAAAAGGAUCACAUCUCUCCUGUACUAGCUUCUCUGCACUGGCUCCCUGUAAAAUGUAGAAUAGAAUUUAAAAUCCUCCUCCUCACCUAUAAAGCUCUUCAUGGUCAGGCCCCUUCAUAUCUUAAAGAGCUCAUAGUACCCUAUUACCCCACUAGAACACUACGUUCUCUGAGUGCUGGGCUACUUGUGGUUCCUAUAGUCUCUAAAAGUAGAACAGGAGCCAGAGCCUUCAGUUACCAAGCUCCUCUCCUGUGGAACCAGCUUCCAGUUUUGGUUCGGGGGGCAGACACCCUCUCCACAUUCAAGAGUAGGCUUAAGACAUUCCUCUUUGAUAAAGCUUAUAGUUAGGGCUGGAUCAGGUGAGUCCUGAACCAUCCCUUAGUUAUGCUGCUAUAGGCCUAGACUAUCGGGGGAUUUCCCACAGUGCACUGAGCUCCUCUCUCUUUCUGCACUCAUUCAUGUCCCAUUAAUGCAUGUUACUAACUUCACUUCUUCCCCAGAGUUCUUGUGCUUUCUCGUCUCGCAGGUUCUUAUCGAUCCUGGUGGAGCCUCCUGCCAUGGUCCUGCUAGAUUGCCAUUGCCAAUACUGUUGUUGCUGUCUGUCUGUCUGUGUCUCUCUCUCUCUCUCUCUCUCUCUCUCUCUCUCUCUCUCUCUCUCUCUCUCUCUCUCUCUCUCUCUCUCUCUCUCUCACCCCAACUGGUCGAGGCAGACGAUGCUUUUAAUGUUUUAAAGAGUUCGGUCUAGACCUGCUCUAUUUGAAAAGUCCUGAGAUAACUUCUGUUAUGAAUUGGCGCUAUACAAAUAAAAUUGAAUUGAAUUG